UAAGUAUCUGUACUUUUACUUGAGUAAAAUUUUUCAGUACUGUUUACACCUCUGAAAAUAUUAUAUUGGACAUUCGAUGUGAUGACGCAAUUACGUAAUGACGCAAAAGAAUCACUGAACCGUUUUUGAACCGGCUCCUUGUAACUGAUUCGCUGAAACGAGUUGGAGUUGGACCAUAUAGUUGGACUAGCAUAGCCGUUUAUCAAAGAAAACAAUGCAAGGAGUAUAUCCAAUCAAAGACUCCUCAGAUGCUCACGUGACUCAACAGGGAAGUCCACGAUGAAGAGUUGACGUUCCUCAGCUUUAUGAAAAGUAUUACUGAAUCGGACCCGGCUCUUUCUUCACGUUUCAAAGGCUACAAUAAGAAACAACGCUGCACAGCACACCUAAUUUACCUAUAAAUCGAUCAGCUGUGGACUACCAUUCUCUGGUCGUUAUUACUAAAACACUUAUCUGGCCUUUAUUUGGAAGCAUCCACCAGAUGUUUUAAAAACAAGCCAAGCCAUUUUGAUGUUCAACUAUGGACAACUUACAAGACUUUGGUUCCUCUAGUGUGAGUGCUAAGACCAUUGCUGCUGAGCUCAAGGAUGAUUUUUACACCAAGCUUGUUGAUGACUUCCUUGGUGCUCAUUAUGGAGACCUAUUGGAGCUGGAUGAAAAGCCCUGGAAAAUCCGCAUGUGGGUUCAGAUUGGGCUGAUGAGAGAGGAGCAAGAAAUUUCAUGGGUUGAUUUAAUUCAGUGGCUCCAAAAGAUAAUCCCAAUGUUUCAAUCUGCUGAUUUCUGAAGCUUGAUUGAGAGAAACAUGGCAGCUCAAAGCCAAGGCAGAACUUUCUUGAAACGGCUGUCAACUUUGAGUUUGUUGGAACUUUAUGUGAUAGUAUUGGAAUCGGAAGAAGAGAUUUACUUGAAAUGUUGGACUUUUCUGAUUGUGCAAAAUUAACUGGUCUCAAAACGGUCUAGUUCUUGAAUUGACAUUUUAUUUCACGAGAGAAAUUAGACCCUGUCAUCUUGAUGUCCUAGAUAUGCAACUUUGAGCCUUUAUGUUGUAGUGAUGGCAAGAUUCAACGAGCCUAUAGGCUCCUACGGUCAAGUCUCAAAGAUUUCAUAAAAUAGUACCGCAACAACCAGAGGAGCCGAAAGAGGAGUCUAAUAAAAGCUUGUUUACAGAGGAUGAUGAAAGCCCUCGCAGCUGUACUAGAGGACAAUCUUAACGUUUCCUUACCUGGCGGCAAACACUGCAAAGAUCUGUCUACAGAUAUAGCUGUUCAAAUGGCAAACUGUACAUUUUCAAAGCUGAUGGACAUAUAAAUGGCAGAUACAUGGUGGAAUCAUGCCAUUGUUACACAUAUUCUAGUGGCCCUGUUUGGAAUGGGCUCGUGGAUCUCCGUGAACUCAUUAUGGGUUGAGAUGCCGGUUGUUGUAGAAGUUCUGCCUGAAGAGUGGAACUUGCCAGCCUAUAUUUCAGUGCUGAUUGCAUUUGGGAAUUUGGGUCCAGUGGCUGUGACUUUGACCCACCACAUUGCUCCAGGAUGGCUGAAAGAACGCAUGGUCAUCCACAUCAUACAAGUGCUAGCGGUGGUUGCAGCUGUGUUUCUUUCUCUCUUUUGGUCCCAGGUGGUCACAGUUGCUGGAGAGCCAAGAUCUGUCCCGUUCCUGCUGCUUACUUUUAUCCUGUCAUUCGUCUGUUGCACUUCCAACGUCACCUUCUUACCCUUCAUGUUCCGUUACCCCCCGCAGUACAUCCGGACAUUCUUUUUUGGACAGGGUCUUUCUGCACUCUUUCCCUGUGUGGUUGCUUUGGGGCAGGGUGUAGGGAAACUAGAGUGCAAUGAGACCGCCAACGGAACAAAGCCCCACUAUCUCAAAGAAAACUUCCCAGCCCAAGACUUCUUCUGGUUUUUGUCUGUGAUGCUUGCUAUUUCUGCCCUCUGUUUCCUGGCUCUGACAUGCAGAGUGGUCACUCUGACUACGGCAGAGGAAUUUCAAAAGGCUGAGCAGGCAUCAGUGAAAACAGAGGAAGAGACACAACCUUUACAAAAUGGAGAUUCCACAGUUUCUGAGGAACAGGUUGAAGUUGAAAAACAGGCACCUGUUGUGGCCUUUUGGACAUCACGCAAUAUAUAUCUGCUCCUGUUGCUGGGAUUAUCCAAUGCUUUGACCAACGGUGUGCUGCCAUCCGUGCAGAGUUUCUCCUGUCUGCCUUAUGGCACCAUGACCUUUCACCUCUCUGUCAUCUUGGGCAACAUUGCAAACCCUCUGGUCUGCUUUGUGGCCAUGUUUGUUUUACUUAGGUCCAGCAUUGGUCUUGGUAUGAUGUCACUGGGAGGCUGUAUUUUUGCUGCCUAUCUCAUGGCCUUGGCUGUGCUGAGUCCCUGUCCACCACUUUUAGGAAGUCAGUAUGGCGUUGCUCUUGUGAUCAUAUCCUGGAUCAUCUUCACUGGCUUGUUCUCUUACGUGAAGGUUGUAGUUGGGACGCUGCUUCAUGAAGCAGGGCAUGCAGCUUUGCUCUGGUGUGGAGUCUUCAUCCAGACUGGCUCUCUAAUUGGAGCUAUCACAAUGUUCCCUUUAGUCAGUGUGUACCAGGUCUUCCAGCGAGCCCAGGACUGCACAGACAACUGCAGUUAAUAUUGCAGAACCUGAUUUUACAUUCACCCCAUACCUUUAUACAACAGAUAUAGGUGUGAAUCUAAAAUGGAAAAAGAUGGUCAAACUGAUGCCAUCACAUGACAUUUCAAGUUAAAGUCAAUGCAAAAACAGCUGUACUUGUUUACAAUGCAUAUCUUUGUGUUACCCGAUGGAAUAUUGUGAAUGUAAAGAAUAUGUUGAAAGUGUAUAUGUGAACAUCUUGACCUUGAUCUAGAUUAAGUGAAAAGUGUUUUCAUGCACCAAGACAAGACAAGACAUCUGUGGUUGAAAAUCAGAGCGGGUCUGAUUUCAUAAUGGAAAACUUCAGUAUCGGCAUGUCCGCAGUUUUUUUGGCCAGAAAACAGAAGUCGGCAAUCUGCUACAAUAUACACUAUCCAAUGAAUAGACUUGUACUAUAUGCUUCAUCUGUGUAGUAUUUUGUUUAUUCCCAAUAGUAAAAUCAAGUUACAAUAGUAUAUUGACAUUGUUCCUAACUGGGAAAACAAUGCUUUUUAUUACACCCAAGAUUACACUGUUUUGACGACCAUAAGCAAAAAAAUAUUAUCACAUUCCAGUAUUUCUGGAUUUAUAUUUAACUUUGUUGGCUGAAUAUCAGGUUUUGUUUGGUUUUAAAUUUUAGUUGUAAUGUAUAUACAGAGUCUAAAUGUAAUACUGACAAUACUGUAUGUCUAACCUGCCAGAUCUGCCAUGUUUUACCCUUUUGAUUUUUAAUAUUUUAGAUGUGAGGCCAGUAUUUUAAUUAAGGUUAAUCUCAUUUUGCAACUGCUGUUAUCUUUUGUAAAAUGUGUCAACAUUCAAAAAACAAAUGUGGUAUGUGUAAUUUUGGGCAUUUAGCACUAAUUAUUCUCAUCACUUAUUUCAUAAAUUCAGAAUUUGUAUUUUAUAAACUGGGCUUGAAUCAGAUUUGUGUUGAGCACUAACUGAUUUCCUGACGUCUCUAAUUAAAGCCUCUGUUUAAACUGUUAAUUGUGCACAGUAUUUAUAUGCUGUUGACAAUUUGUCAAUAAAGAUUUGAGAAAAAAAAUGUAUUUAAAAGACAAUGAGGCUAAAAUAUUACAAGGUAUCAUAGAACUAUAGUUCCAUAAUGCCAUAUAUUUCGGUGGUCCCUGUCUUUUAAAUAUAAAUAUUUAUUUUCAUUUUGAAUUUUCUUGCAGUAGUUAAAUGCUGUUUUGAAUUGUUCACAUUCUUAUGCAUAUGCUGGUUUUACAAGAUCUCAGAGCUUUUUAAAUAAAUGGUUAAUUUGACAGAGAAAUUUGUGGU